AUGACCCUGCAACCAUUAACUCCGGUGAACUGCACAGGCCUCCUGCAGCCUGGCUGCUCUCUGCUGCAGCUGGAUGGUGAAAUUCUCCUGUUUGGCCAGAAAGGCUGGCCCAAGCGCUCAUGUCCAACAGGAGUCUUUGGGGUUCGGUUUAAACAGGGUGAGAUAAAGCUGAGGGCCAUCAGCUUCUCCAGUGAUUCCAACUAUCUCCCUCCAUUACGUUGUCCCGCUGUUUGCCGCCUCGACCCCUAUGACGGCCUUCCAGAAAGUUAUCUCAUCCACGGCGGCCGCACCCCAAAUAACGAGAUCUCGUCGAGCUUGUACUUGCUGACCAUGGAUAGUCGCGGCUGCAAUCGAAAACUGACCCUGUGCUGCAAAGAGAAAGAACUGGUGGGAGAAGUGCCAGGGGCCCGAUACGGCCACACAAUGAGCAUGGUUCAGAGCCGCGGGAAGACGGCUUGUGUAUUAUUCGGGGGUCGAUCCUACAUGCCUGCAGGAGAGCGGACCACAGAGAGCUGGAACAGCGUCGUCGACUGUCCUCCCCAGGUGUUCCUGUUUGACCUGGAGUUUGGGUGCUCCUCUGCUCACACUUUACCUGAGCUCGGUGACGGACAGUCCUUCCAUCUGGCCCUCGCUAGAGAAGACUGUGUCUACCUCAUCGGAGGUCACUCGCUCGCCUCUGACUCCCGCCCCCCACGACUCUUGCGGCUGCGUGUCGAGCUUCUGCAGGGCAGCCCUUUGCUCUCCUGUGAGGCCCUCCACACUGGCAUAUCCAUCUCUAGCGCUAUAAUCACCCGCCCAGGUCCCGCUCACAGAUACAUAAUCUUGGGUGGAUAUCAGUCAGACUCUCAGAAGAGGAUGGAGUGCAGCACUGUGAUUCUAGAUGAGACAGGGAUCCACUUUGAGACUUUAGUACCACCCGAGUGGACUCAAGAUAUCCUCCAUAGUCGCACUUGGUUUGGGGGCAGUGCAGGAGAGGGAAGCAUCCUACUUGCUGUACCUACUGAGGGAAGGCCAUCUCAACCAGAUGUGCAUUACUUCUAUAUGGUGAGCUUCCAGACAGAGGGAGGGGGCAAAGAGGAAGAAGGAACCCUGGGCUGCAGCCAGGAGUCGACAGAUUACGACGACUCUACUCCUCUUGAGGACUCGGAGGAGCUCUACUUUGGCCGUGAGCCGCACGAGCUGGAGGGCAGCAGUGACGAAGAAGGAGACACAUACAACGAAGAGGAUGAGGAAGAUGAAUCGAAAACAGGCUACUGGAUCAAAUGUUGCCUGGGCUGUCAGGUGAACCCCAACACGUGGGAGCCGUACUACUCCACUGAGCUCCACCGACCAGCCAUGAUCUUCUGCUCCAGAGGGGAGGGGGGGCACUGGGUCCACGCCCAGUGCAUGGAGCUGUCUGAGACCCUGUUGGUCAGACUCUCUCAGGGCAGCAAAAAGUACUUCUGCCUGGACCACGGAGGCCUGCCCUACCAGGAGAUGACCCCACCUCGACAGGUCAUGCCCCUGAAGCGCACCCCCAUGAAGGUUAAGGACAGAAGAACUCCUCCAACAAUCAAGAUUUCCCCUGCCAAAAAAAGCUUUUUAAGAAGACUUUUUGACUGA